AUUGUCCACAACUUCAUGGUAGUCAUAUACUCAUAUUAUCGUUGCCGCUCAUGGAUAGAAUUACAUUUGACGAUUUCUUUAUCUAUACUCUCAAUCGGGAACUGUAUAAGAUGGAAUAUGCAACCCAACAGUCGAAAAUGUCUCAGAGAAGAACUCAGGGAAAAUGUAUUGGUAAAGGGUGAAUAUGAAGUAACUCAGGUUGACAAUCAGCAAGUAGAUUAUGUUGUUAAAGAUUCAAAUAAUCAUAUAUUGUCACAGAAAGAAGAUAUAAGUUCUGGGAAGUUUACUUUUAGUGUAGAAAAUUAUGAUAUAUUUGAAAUAUGUUUUUCUUCAAAAGUUUCAAAUAAUCAUCAAGGUGCUAUACAAGAGGUUUUUGUAGAUAUAAAAACAGGAGUAGAAGCUAAAAGUUAUGAAGGAAUUGCUGAAGCUUUUAAAUUGAAACCUCUCGAGAUGGAUCUAAAGCGACUGGAAGACUUUUCUGAAGCCAUUGUACUAGAAUUCAAAGAUAUGAAAAAGCGUGCUGAUGAAAUGCGCAAUACAAAUGAAUCUACAAACAAGAGAGUUCUCUAUUUUAGUUUGUUCAGUAUGAUUUGUGUUAUUGUGUUAGCAACUUGGCAAGUCUUUUACUUGAGGCGUUACUUCAAAGCAAAAAAAUUAAUCGAAUAAGAUUUGAAGACAUCAGAAGAAUAAAAAAUAAUAAUACAUUUGACUGUCAUAAAUAAUAAUGUUUGCACAUGAGUGCCAAUUUUAAAUACAUUUAUCAUGUAAUUCAUUAAAAGUAGUUUUACCAUAUAUUGUAAAUAUUGAUUUCAGGAUUUUUGAAUCCAUUCGUAGUUCUGUCCAAAUGUCAUUAGUUUAAUAUAUCUUGACUUUUGUGGUUUUUAAAAAAAAUAUUAUACUAACAGUAUCCGAUGAAACUAUUGAUUGGCUUAUGCCAUAAAUAACUAAUACCAAAAUUGGAUAAAACUAUGGAAUGGACCUGACUACCAAAGUAUAACAUUAAUGAGAUAAAACCUAAAUAUUUAAGUAUCAUCACAUUGUUAUUUCUAGUCUUUUUCUAUAAUAUUGAAGUAAAUCGACUGUUUUUAAUGUAAUUGUUUAAAAUACUAUUAUGUUAAUAAUAUAUUUUCAAUUAUAUUCACUAUUAUGAUAAUAAAAUAUUCAUUGAUACACA